AUGCGAUCGCGGUCCAGGAGCCCAGUUUCGAGCACUGCCAGAGAGGAGGGAGAUUCUGUGGGUUCAGCAGAGCUUGCGGCGGUGCCGAGUUUGUCCAACCAACGGCAGCUCGUGGUGCGGAAGCUUGAGGCGGCUCUGGAAGCAGCCUCAAAACGACAGAAUGCUCAAAAUCCAGCAGCUACAGUAGCUAAAGCAUCCGCCCUCCGUCUAGCAGCCAGGAUGGAAGCACUCCUUCACCAGAAACUGGAUGGCCGCAGAUACCUGAGCCAGGCCAGAUCGCUUCUGUACAAUCUCAAGGACGAUUCCAACUUUGAGUUCAGCGAGAGUUUGCUCAGUGGCCAGCUUGACUUGCACAGACUUCCGGAAAUCUCAGCAGAAGAGAUGGCCAGCUCUAGUCGCAAUGCACAGCGGGCGCAACUGAGACAGGAAGCCUUGGCAGAGACAUCUCUACGACCCUCUGGGGUCGUUUCAACAGACAGGUUCCGUUGUGGAAGAUGCCAUGGCACGGAGACGACAUAUGUACAAAAUUUCGCAGUUGAGAGCUGCGUGCGAUCAGGCGGAGAGCCUGUUGAAACAACAGUUGCUUUUGUGACCUGCCUUGCUUGCCACCACACCUGGACAGAGCGCAGUGGAUUUGCUUAG